GGGAGGGGACGGGAAGGGAUAUUGAGAGAGUCAUGAGGAAAGAAGUUGGAUACGGGAGACGAGGCAGCACAUGUAGGCUUUGAGCAAGAACAGUGACCCGGACGAGUGAGUGCAAGGAGUGAGGUCUUGACUGUCACAGGGCACCAGGCACCCAGCCCACUCCGGAUUAUCUGCUAAACUCCUGGGAUCCCCGAUUGUUUGGGACCCCACCCCCAUCCAGGCUUCGCCCUGGAGGCCAAAAACCUCAGUGAGGGCUCUGCAGAGGGGGAAUGCUGUGGGAGCUGCUCCACACCUCCUGCACCCCCUCUCCUGUCACCUGUACUAGCUGUGGACGAGCCGAGCUUCACCACCGUGGAGCUGUGCCAGGAUGGAGAAGAAAUCUUCCUGACUGCAAGUGAAGGAGGCAUGGAGGAGAUGAGUGGUCAAGAUCCGAACUGUGAAGACACGCAAAGGAAGGAGCAAAGAGUACCAUUCCAGAUCUUCCCUGACCCCGUUGAGGUCGUCCUGGGCCCAGAGACCUCUCUGACCAGCUUGGACCACAACCACGAGAAGGAGCGACUGCCCUCCAUUGUCGUGGAGCCCACUGAACUGAGCGAGGUGGAGAGCGGAGAGCUGCGCUGGCCUCCAGACAACAUGGACAUGGAGGAGGAUGAGGAGGACCUGUUCUUGGAGCAGUGCAUCCCCCCAGCCAAUGUUGCAGACUGGGGAGAAGAGGAGGACGAGGAGGAAGAGGAGACGUCGGUCAUCCUGAACCCGCAGCAGGGACUGACACUCAUUGACCUUCAGUCAGACGCAUUUCGAGAUGACACUCCCACACUUCCACCAAGCAGUGCACCAGCCUUCAACUGACUUUACCUCUAAGAAGUCCUCACCUUUGAUGACCCACUGAGUAACAUCUUGAAAGGAACUGUGGCAACAACUAUAAGUGAUGACACAUUGCACAGGGGAAAUCACAACGGCAUCAAAACAUGUUUUAGGUGAUCAAACAGCUACGUGUCAAAUGUGAGGCUUCUCAUUUAAAGAAACAGGAACGGUAACAUACACAAGGAUAAUUUUGCUCACAAGCUGAUUUUGCUUAUUUAAGCAAUAUGGCAGGUUUUUUAAGUUUUGGGGAACAUUUUGCUGACGUUGUGACUUUGUGGCUCAUUUCCUUUGUUAUUUCCUAAUUUUUAAAGGUGAUGUCAGGGGGCU